CGUAUCUGAAAACUAAAAUUUACCGUUGCCAAAAAGCGGAUGAAGCUGAAAAUUUUGUGUUUUGUUGUGUUAAAUUUAAUUAAUAAUUUUGUGAUUAUUUUAUUCGAAGGUGGUGGAAAAAGGAAGUUUAAAGGUAACAAUAAUUAUGUCUAAUGGGAGAAAUCUGAGGUCAAAAGGCAUGAUCAAUGAUAGAGUGGAGAAAUUGAACGGAAACCAAUGUCCAAUCUGCUUGGAAGAAUUUGAGCUUAAGUACAGCAUAGUCACAAAUUGCUCUCAUAUAUUUUGCUCUACGUGCCUCGAUGAAUACCUAAAGCAAGAUAGAAAGCAAUAUCUCCUGACAUUUCUGUAUAAUGAUUUACACCUCAACAUUCAGAGUUGCAAGAAGAACACUCACAGAUGUCCAAUUUGUAGGAGUAUCUUAAACAAAUUACUCUUCAUAAAUUUAAGUUUUUAUUCCUACAAAAAGAACUAGAAACUUUUUGAGCGCCAAGGAAAAAGUGUGGUUAGGGUGUGGCAAAGUGAGGUUAACUUGAGUGACGUAAGAGAUGUUUUUGAGAAAAUUUCCUCAAUUUUGGAGAUUUACCCGUGGUAUCAGUAUGUCAGCAAGUGCAAGAGCUAAAGAAGCUGUCGAGGAGCUGAAGCAGAAGAAUCCCUAUUACGAGAAGUAUGCCGAAAAAAUUGCAAAGCUGCAAAAAACAUCUCCGGAGGAGUUUCUUUCCCGUGUUGACACUUUGGAGAAGGGAAAAAAGCCCCAGAAAAGCCAUAAGGAUGAUCCAUCUAGGAAUUAUAGUGAAUUGCUAAGGCCAAAGGAAUCCCUCGAGUGUCCAGAUCAAAAGGCUGAGAUUCCAAACAAGAAACUGGAAGAUAUUAUGAAAACUGAGCUGCUCGAGGGCAAAACUGUUGAUGAGAUUCGUGCCAUUUGGCUGGAGUAUCACAAGACAAAAGAUGUGAUUGCAGCGGUAAUUCCCACUGAACAAUAUAAACUGCAGCAGAAUAGGGCUAAAGCUCAUCCUGUUUUUGUCCUUCCUAUCCCGAGGAGUGAGGGAUUUGAAUUCAUCAUGCUCCAAUUUGCCGCCAAUUCUGUGCACUUCACCCCGCUCCUAUGCUAUCAGGUGCACAAGGAAAAUGCUCCAGAAUGUCUCAAUAUUGUCCACUACACUGAAUAUCAGGACAAGGGAAUUGUUCUAAUGAGAGGAGAAUACGACAGUCAGGUGCUAAAUGCACAGGAGGCACAGUGCCUGGCCAAUCAGCUUCAACUCUACUAUGGACAGUAUUCCCAGUCCAAACUUCAGCUUCUCCAGACCUUCACGAAUACCCCGGAGAGCUUCAAGCACAUGGAUGUCAUUGCUGAACUUGAGAACCUCAAGAUAACCACAUAAUUGUUCUCCACAAAAUAUCUGUUCUUAUUUUUUUUUAGAAUAAAAAUUCCUGUGAAAUAUUU